AAUAGCUAGCUACUGGCUGGAAUAUGUUGUUGUUUAGAUAUUGUACUGGUCACUGUGUUUUUGUCAUAGUUUUGGUAGUUGCAGAGUAUCGUGAUACGUUCUUAUUCUUUUUGUAAUUUAAGUUGGAAUGAGAAAUUACGGAGAUAAUGCUUCCUUACAUUUUGAAAGAGAUAGCUUGCUAGCUAGCUGUUUAGCCCUUUGACGUGAGCUAUUGGUUUAAAACGCAGUGUUUGCUGCUGACACAGACUAGAAACGCUGGACAUCAAUGUGGACUGUCUCACAAGGAUGACGGAGACAUCAACAUAAGGACGGAAGAUCAGCCCUUCUUAUCAUGAUUCGGGUUGUGGGGGUUACCAGCUCCACGCUUAUUGAGUGAUGGUUCAAGACUUCAAGCUCCCAAUGCCUACUCCCUCAAAGCCAGCCCAAUCCGCAAACUGACUCCUCUCACCAUUGAAGUCCAGUGGCAGCACUGGCACAAAAUUACCAUUUAACCAUCCCCUGAUCACGUUAGCCAUGCUGUUCUCUCUGCGGGAGCUGGUCCAGUGGCUGGGCUUUGCCACCUUUGAGCUCUUCAUGCACCUUGGCGCGUUUCUGAUCUUUAGCGUGCUGGUGGCGCUGCACGUUGACGUGUUUACCCUGGGCCUGAGCUGGUGGCUGGUCUUCGUGCCUCUCUUUGCCGCUGACGGCCUCAGCACCUACUUCACCACCAUCGUGUCCAUCCGCCUGUACCAAGAAGGCGACCGACGGCUGGCCGUGCUGAGGCUGCUGUGGGUCCUCACCGUGCUCAGUUUGAAGCUGGUUUGCGAGGUCCUCCUUUGCCAGAAGCUCGCAGAGCAGGAACAGGCACGGGAGCUCUGGUUCGGCCUCAUCGUCUCGCCCAUCUUCAUCCUGCUGCAGCUGCUCAUGAUCCGCGCUUGCCGUGUCAACUGACCAGUGAGAGCCCAGCAGCUGUCGCCCAUCUAGUCAACAAACCAAUCAGGGCUCAGCUGGCUUUGUGCACACUACACGAUGAGGUACCGAUGAGUGAAUUACCUGGGUGUAAUGAACCUUAAGGUCAUGCAGAAAAGGCCUCACAGGCUUUUGUCCACUUCUACCCAUAGCAUCUGCACUACAUGGCAUUGCAUUGAUCAGAUAGGAUGAACUGGCUAUUGGGGGUUCAUGGCCUCAUGCUGAACACAUACAGUCCAUUCAGCCACUUAGGUUUUCAUGGUCAAAGCGUAAGAGACUGCUUGUGGUACUGAGGGCCCACUGGUCUGAAUGACAUGAGCGGUAUUUUGAGUUGAGAAGAAUGGAACAGUAUGUAUGCAUGUAUACUUGUUUGUCGUGUCACUCAUAUGGGCUGGAUAAUGUAUUUUUAAUGUGCAAUUUGGUUGCUCUAAAUAUUUUCUGUUGUUCUCAUACUUUCAAGUGAGAUUCUGGAGUCUUUUCAGGACUUUUCUUUAUGGUCUGUUAUUUAAUUGUGCUCUUCUCAUGAAGUGCUUUCCUGAAUGUUUGUAUAAAUUGUAAAUAAAUGGACAUUUAAGCCUUUGUUUAUUUAGUGCUUGUGCUAUUUGUAUCAUUUUUUUUUUCAUUUGCAGUACUGUUCGUAUUCAUCUGGUGUACAUUCAUCACUGAGUAACGAUGACUGACCGAUAAUUUAAGUAUUAAAUCAAUUGUCCAGUUAAUUA